AUUUGUUAAGACGCGAUGGCGGCGCAUGCUAGCGAGCUCGAGAUUGCAAAGAAGAAUUUAACAGAUGCAAUUGGCGAUAAUGUGAAGCACUACUGGGCAAACCUUAAGCUUUGGUUCAAACAAAAGAUAAGCAAGGAAGAGUUUGACAUUGAGGCCCGUCGUCUGCUGGCACAGGAAAAUGUCCAUGUUCACAACGAUUUCCUCUUGGCCAUUCUCACAAGAUGUCAGAUCAUUGUCUCUACACCAGAGGGCACUGGACCAUUACAGUGGCAAGGCAGCUGUGUUCCAAAGCCUGGAAAGCCAAAAGGAAAGAAGAAAUGUUCCUCUAGACAAAAAUUUGAUCAUCGCUUCCAGCCUCAUAACCCUCUUAGUGCCGCCCAGCCUUUCAGUCCACGGGAGGUGGGAGGUGAGGAAGAGGAGCUGCAUCUCAGCGCCCACACACUGCUGCUGCCCACACGGGGCCAACUGGAGGCCCGCAUGAUGAUCACCGCCUUUGAACUGGGCCUGGAUAAUGUCACAGAAGAUGCCAUCAGCACCAUGAUUUAUGCUGUUGAGCACCACUUGAAGGACGUCCUGACGGCUGUAAUCACCCGGAGGAAGGCGUAUCGGUUACGAGAUGGCCAUUUUCCUUAUGCCUUUGGCAGUGAUGUCACUCCACAACCGUAUCUGAAAAACAGCCUCGCGGCCUACUACAGUGUCAGUGAAUGCCCUCCUCCAAGCGCUUCUCUCCCUGCGGGCCCACCACCUCAGGUUUUCCCCGAUGAGGCUGAGCAAAAAGCUGUUCACUUGUUGGCUUGUUCCGCUGACAGUCUUCCUGCUCCACUUCCUCCAAUCAGCAUGUUUGACCUGCUCGAGGCUUUACAGGUUCAUCAUGGUGUGAUGCCGUCCCACACUAUGUACGCCCUCAACAUGGAGCGCAUCCUGUCUCGUCUCUGGCACCCUAGCCACGAAGAACUAGAGCAGGACCACGUACACCGUCAGCGGCUAGCUGCUAAAGACGGCAUGCUGGUCAGCUGAGAGGCGCAACACUGGACCGUUGAAGGACUGAUGGUUGCAUCAAGAACCAAAAGAACAGUCCCCACGUGUGAACUGCGGGGGAGCGGUGCCCUGAAAAAGAAGAAGGCUUUGUAAGACAGAAAAUCACACCUGUGUUGCACAGAAAGAAGGGGACCGAAUGACGCUAGAUGAAACAAAUAAGCUGUUGGUGGCUUUUUCAUGUUCAGCAUUAUUUCAGGAUGUUGCAUUCAGGUUCCUGUUAAUAUGUUACAAAAGAUACUUCAGUUUGGGACUCAUGCUUACUUUACAUCCCCCUUUUAGUGUUUGCAUCCAUCUAUGGUCUCAGUUAUAUCCAAAAAAGUCAAUACUUUGACCUUCUUUACCAGCAGAUUUCAUGCUCUGCAGGUAAAACCUCUGGAUCCAUUGUUGUCAGACCUUGUGACCUAUUUUUUUCUCUCUUUAAUUAAGAAGCAAAAUAAGUUCAAAUUUGCUCAAAAUAAGCAAACAUGCCAACUCUGACUGACUUGGAGCAUGUCUUGUUAAACAGCAGUUAAUCUUGCAAGAGAAAUAACUUAAUUUGAAUAUAGCUCACUCUGAAUAUGACCUUGUUUGGGUUAAGGUGAGUACAAAACACAGUUUACAUCUUAAUCAGCAUAAAAUUGUAAUAUUGAUGUAAACAUGGCAACGAUUGAUUUGGAUGACUCACUUAAUGAGUCAUUUGGCUUGGCAGAAAACACAGUUGUGCAUCCUUUGUUUCUGGGAUUCUGUUGCACGUAACAGAUAUAUAUAUAUAUAUUUAUAUGUAUAUAUAUAUUUAUGCACAGUAUUUAGUGAGGGGGUACCAGCAGUACUGAAAAUGAAACUAAUAUUUAAGCCCAGAUUGUACUGUAUUAGAACUCAAGUGUUAGUAAAGAUGGAAUUUCUAGCUGUUCUUGUCAGACUUUCACCACACUGCAUUAUUAUAAAGGCACUUUACAGAACAUCUAGUUGGUCCUUGAGGGCUGCCAUCCUGCAGUUUUCCCUGCUUUAACACACCUGUUUCAAAUUAAAUGGGUCUCCUUAACAGCUUGUUGGCCAAUUCUACACAAGCCUGGUAAUGACACAUUAAUCUGAGUCAGGUGUGUUAAAGCAGGAACCACCUAAAAACCUACAGGCAGCAGCUCUUGAAGACCGGAACUGCCUUUCCCAGCUUUAAAAGUUGGAUAGAUCAUCUGUGGUUCAUCUUUACUAACAGGUGUGGAGGAAAGCUCAAUUAAAGCAGUAAAUGAAAACACUUGUGUGGGUUAACAGUGGCUAUGUAGGGUCUUAAACCAGCUACUUCCUUUGUUGCUCCUCCACAUAUGUCCAAACAAUGUCAUGAUUGUUCCCAGAACUAUUUCAACUUUCUGGUGACCGUGUUGGUGGUCCUGAUUAUCUGUACAAGUUUUUUUUAUCUUUAAGUACAUUUCUACUUUUCUAUUCAGUGUUUAUAUGGAAGAUGUUCCGAAAAUGAAUAAAAAAGUCUUUU